AUGUCGCAAUCCGACCAACUUAUUGCACAACGUCGUAAGAAAAAUGAAGACUUCGAACGUCGGCAUGGGGUACCAUACCGCUGGGCCUCUUGUAGAUUUUUGCCUCGACCGAUAUCGCCUCGUUCUGACGGCAUUAUCGACAGCCCAACUGCUAAACUCAGGCCGGGCAAUACCUACGAUCCACCCGAGCUGAUCAGCAAAAUGAGCAGCUCUUCCAUCGCAGACGCGCCGACGGGCGGUCCCGCGGUCAAGCAGAGGCGCACGUGGUACCACACAACGCUCUUCAAUGCCUUCGUCAUCGGCGGCGUCGGCUUCAUCGCCCCAGGACUAUGGAACGCGAUGAACAACCUAGGCGCUGGCGGCGCGCAAGAGCCGUACUUGGUCAACGCGGCCAACUCGCUCGUCUUCGCCAUCAUGGGAUUUAUGUGCUUGUUCGGCGCGCCCCUCGCCAACCGCAUUGGUCUACGAUGGACGCUUUUCCUAGGUGCUAUUGGGUACCCUGUUUAUUCGGCUGGCUUGUAUGCGAACAACCGUUACGGCAAUACCUGGCUAGUAUUAGUCGGCGCCGUAGCGUGCGGCUUGAGCGCCGGUGCUUUUUGGUGCUCGGAAGCAGCUAUCGCGGUAGGCUAUCCCGAACCCGGAAAAAGAGGUCGCUAUCUGAAUAUAUGGCUGUGGUUCCGCACGGGCGGACCCUUGGUCGGCGGCGCCAUCGUGCUCGCGCUGAACCAUGACGAGGGCACUAAGGCUAAGGGCAAGGUGGGAUACCAAGUUUACCUGAUAUUCAUCGCGCUGCAAUGCGUUGCGGCUCCUCUCGCGCUCGCGCUAUCGCCACCGGAGAAAGUGCAGCGUGCAGAUGGAUCAAAAGUUAUCAUCAAGAGCGAAGGCUCUUUCGCAGGGGAGUUUCGUGCGCUAUGGGCGGCAUGCAAGCGCAAGGACAUCUUACUCCUGCUACCGGUUUUCUGGGCGGCCUACUUCAACCAAUACAGCAGCAACUUUCAGUCGUACUACUUCGGCGUGCGAGCGCGCGCCUUGAUCGGCUUUGUGAAUAACUUCGGCGCCUUGCUGUCGUCGCAAAUUAUGAGCACGCUGCUAGAUUACAAGGGUCUUCCGGUCAAGAAGCGCAUAGUGAUCGGGUUUUUUUACGUCGUAGUGGUGCACAUAGUGGCCUGGGUAUACGGCUGGGUAAUUCAAAUUCGGUAUAAUAGUAACCCGCCCGCCUACGACUGGGAGGACAAGGGGUUCGUCGAGGGCUUCUUCGUGCUGGUCCUUUGGGACUUUUCGCGACAGGCACUUCAGAAUUGGCUUUAUUACCUCGUCGCUAGUAUGACUGACAAUAUCUCGGAGCUGACGCGGUUCUCGGGCAUUCUAAGAGGGCAGGAGAGCUUUGCUCAGGCCAUUAGUUUUGGAAUAAACACUCAAAAAUUCAAGGUUGCUGGGCGUGUGCCUCUAGCCGUAAACACCAUCCUGCUUGGCUUGUCAGUACUCCCCACGUGGCUUGUUGUCCGUAACCACGUUCCAGUCGAGCAAGAUUCCAAGCACGCCUCCGACAACGAAAGCCACGCUGAAGAAGGCCUGGCGGGUCAAAUUCUGGAUUCUAGCGAAAAGCAGAAGUUUGCUGUUGGGAAGACGAGCAUUGGGGGAGAUGCUGCAAUCUGA